GGUUGACCUUCGCGUUGUUCUGUUGUGAGGAGUUUAAUUGGCUUGUUAGCAUAUUCGAUUAAAUAGAUACGAGGCAAUUGGUUAUAUCAACAAAAUUGGAACUUAUGAAAAGUUAUCAUAAGGUCUUACGAAAUGAAAAUUAGGCUCUAGUCUAUAUCGGGUUCAUGUGCGGUACAAGUGGUGUGAUAUAUAUAUUGUGCAGAGUAAUCGUAAUCGUUUACGUGAAGUGACUUUACAGUAGAAGAAAAUAACAAGACAAAGAAGUAUAAGAAAAAGAAGCUGAAGAAGAAGUAGAAGGAGAAACAGAAGGAUAAAACAUGACUAGUGUUCCCUUAAUAGUUUUGUUCACUCUGUGCCUGUUCCAACCACAAGCUCUGGCACAGUCGAUUCUAGAUAACACAUCAGAAGUGGCAAGCAACAUUCUUCAUCAGAUCGAGGAGCAUUUGAAUAGCGUCACGAGCAGCGGCCAAGCCAGAAUGGGAGGAUACGGAGGGUGUUCCGACUCGUUCAGCGUGUUCGGAUUCCUGGCCUUCCUCUUGGCUCUGCUCGACCUCAUCCUCGAGCUGCAAGGAAACAGGAGGAAGAAACGAGACACUCGAGGAAUGGAGGAGGACGUUAAUCUCAAAGCCGAGUGUCAGAGCCAGGACGAAAUCCAGCAGGCCACUUCAGCCUGCUACAGCCUCCUCCGCGGUUUCCUCAACACUCUGGCUGCACAGGACGCCGAAUGCGCCAGAAGGUUUCUUUGCGAAGGAGCCGAAGAAGCCGCUUCUGCAGGUCCUAUCGGAGAAGUGGUCGCCUCCGUGGGCAGCACCAAUGCUGGAUCCUGGUUAGAAAAAGUGAACUCCACGCUCUUCAAAGACGUGGGAUCAGCUGGAGAAGUCGGUGCCCGGUUACGUGGUUGCGCCCUCCGUUACUCCGAAUGUUUCGCGCUUCCCUCCGCUUACCGGUAUCCUGGGGUGUAUCGUACCCCGCACCUACCCUCCAGCUUCUAUCAACCUCUGCUGCAAAACCUGAUGGAUACUGUGAGGGAUACUCUAUUCUAACUUUAUCGUAAAUAGGUUUCGUUCAUUUGGGUAUGGAUUUGAACGUUGUGUGUAUGUCAGUUGUUCUUGUAAAUCCUCUGUUUGUGUAGAUUACAGAUUGCAAAAGUUGUUUUUUUCUAUUUAUUUAAUAAUUUGUAAAUAAACCUCAGCCCUUCUA